UGUUCCUUCAUGCUGUAAAUAACUAGUGAUAUUAGAUGAUGCUGUGAUCACACAAUGAUUGUACAAUUCAAUCAUGCUGUGAAGAACUGGGUGAUGCAAUAUGAUGAUGAGAUGCUAAAUUUGUACUUUAUGCAUUUCCAUUCUAUUCAUGCUGUGAUUAUUUUUUCGUUGAAAGUGAAUUUCUGUUACUUGCUCUGGAAUCAUGGUGUGUAUUAUCGAACCUAUUGUCUCUAGCAUGACCUUACCAUCUUCGUAUGAUAUGAUUGGUAUAAUUCAAUAUGUUUUUCUGUGCUCCCUGAUAAUAGAGGUCUUAGAAAUAUAGAAGGUGUUUUUUGGUUCUUGUUGAGUAAACCUGUGAUUUCUUUCAAUCAGCUUAAUUAAAUUUGUGUCCUCUUAUGGUUUGUGUUGAUGUCAUUUUAUUGAUACCUUCUAGAACUGGUUCCAGCAUUUGUUCAUUUCAUUUUUAAUAGUUUCCAUAAACUUGAAAUGAAUUUCUUUUACACAAAAAUGCUUCAAUGCAAAUGCAUUUUGUUGAAUGAAACACAAUUUUACUGCGUCAAGGGAGUGCUGGUUUUUUCCUCGCUUAUUACAUCUUAAGUGUAUAAACUAAUGUCUCUUCUACAAUGGGCCUUGUAUGAAGUAUCGAUCUUGAAAUAUAGCAGUGCAUAAUUGGACUGGAAGGUAAGUUCUUCUUAAUUGGUGAUAAGUUUUAGUGUCUUUUUUGCCAAGUCAAUGAGAUGCCACAUCCUCGAGAGUAUCAUGUACAUAUUAAUACUUAAUUUAUACAUAAUAAUUUGUUUAUAAUCUUUCAUGAGUUAUAAUCUCCUCGUGGUCAAUUAUUUUUUUGUGGUAAUAUUUGUCAUCUUCCACAUAAUUCAGUAUCUUGCCUUGCUUCCUUUUCAAUGGUGAAAUUUAUUCCAUGUCCAUGAAUUUUAUGGUUUUUGCGUUAUCUUAAAUUACAAAUGAUGCAUGUUUAGUUUCCCAUGAAAAUGUUGUUCAUUCAUGGAUUAACAAUAUGGAAACAUGGUGUGCAUGAUCAUAUAUGUCAACUAUGAAUGAAGUUAGAAUAAAUGAUUUGACUCUGCAAUGGAUAUCUUUUGAGGAUCUGGGAGAUAUGUUCACGUUGACAUAAAAAGAUAUUCUAGUCUCGGUGGCUUGAUAGUUCUUCAUAGUUCGUCUAGAAGCAGAACUUACCUUCGUGUAUGAUAGUGUGGUUGGAAUUCAGUACUUCAUCGUUAAAACUUUGGUGCUGUCACAUGAUCAAUGAACAAUUACUGUGGUACUAGUAUCAAUCUUUAGUCGGUUAGUCUUUUGAGUUUUGGUAACUGCUUACUGCUAGAUUAGAUCUUAUUAUGUUUCCUAUAUAAGAAGUCAGAACUGACUCACCAGGUUCCUCUCGCUUCCAGUUUCCAUGAUUUAUUUUGUUUGAAGGUGCCAAUUUGGAGUUGGAUGAAGGGUAGGUCUGAUGCUUGAAGGGAGUAGGUUUGAAGUUGAACCCUAAGAUAAAACCGACCUCCCCAGAUGUAAUAAGUAAUUAGCAUAAUCUAUUUGCAGUAACCUAGUCGAAUUUAUGAAUUGCUUGUGAACUACUACAUGAGUAUAAAAAUUAGCAGCGCGAAUGAAAUAUGACCAUGUAUGUGCCUAUAAUCGCCAUGGUGAUUAAGAAGUAAUAAAACAUUCAAGCCAUCCAUGGGCGAUAGUCUACUACAGUUGUACACAGCCGCAUCAGUAAUCAAAUUAGAGAUCAGAUUGCUGCUACAGACGCAAUCGAGCAUCUUAAAACAACCUAAAUGGAUCAAUCGAUACGACCGAAUCGAAUAAGGAAAAUCAACGGCUAAUUCGCGGAUGCUUGAUUGGGCUUUGAUCCGUGAGCCAAUGAGGCAGAGUGCAAAAAAAAAAAACAGGAAUCGAACGCGGGAGUGAACGGCGAGGUAGGGGAAGGAGGAGGAAGCAGCGAACUAACCUGGUGAGCGGAUGCAAGCAGGGAUGACGAGGAGGAGGAAGUCAAGUAAAGUAUGACAAGCAUCCAAAGCGUUUUGACUGGAUAUAUUUUUGACAAGCAACCAAACCUAACUGACAUGAAUCCCACGGGUAGGGUAAAUCUCAAAAAUAUAUUUAAUCCAAACGUUUUGGUUGCUUGUCAUACUUCACUUGACUUCCUCGUCGUCGUCAUUGCUGCUUGCAUCCUCUCUGACUCUGAGACCGCGUGGAGAUGUCUCCCGCCGACUCCGACCAGGUUUUGGUAGAAGCAAAUGGUGUAACACGGACAUUGGUUUUGAAUAGGCCAAAGCAGUUGAAUGCCCUCUCCUCUGCAAUGAUAACGUGUUUUUUGAGGUGCUUCACUGCUUAUGAGGAAGAUGAUGGAGUUAAACUAUUGAUUGUGAAGGGAAAAGGAAGAGCAUUUUGUGCAGGUGGAGAUGUUGCUGCAGUUGUCCGGUCUAUAAAUAAUGAUAGCUGGAAAUAUGGUGCUCAUUUUUUCCGAAAUGAAUUUCUGUUAAACUAUAUCAUUGCAACAUAUAGCAAACCUCAGGUUUCGCUUCUAACUGGAAUUGUCAUGGGUGGAGGUGCUGGUGUUUCUAUACAUGGAAGGUUCCGAGUUGUCACAGAUAGCACGGUUUUUGCUAUGCCAGAAACAGCGUUGGGUCUCUUUCCAGAUAUUGGGGCUUCAUAUUUUCUAUCUCGACUUCUUGGGUUCUAUGGAGAGUAUGUUGGUCUUACUGGUGUAAGGUUGGAUGCUGCUGAAAUGCUUGCUUGUGGCCUAGCAACUCAUUUUGUACCUUCAGAUGUAGUACACUCACUCUUGCAGAGGCUGUCUUUGCUAGAAGAAUCACUUAAAAAGGUUGAUACAUCUGAUCCAUUUGCUAUAUGUGGAAUUAUCGAUCAAUAUUCGCAACAACCAUCUCUGAAAGAAAAAAGCGCUCUGAAUAGGCUAGAAAUCAUCAACAAAUGCUUUUCCAAAAAAACAGUAGAAGAAAUCAUAGCCUCUCUUGAACAAGAGGCUCCAAAUGUUGCUGAUGAAUGGAUUGCUUCUGCAAUCCAGUCCAUGAGGAAGGCUUCUCCUACUAGUAUGAAAAUAUCCUUGAGAUCGAUAAGAGAAGGGCGAACACAAACUGUUGGUGAAUGCUUACGUCGAGAAUAUAGAAUGGUUUGCCAUGUGAUGCGUGGUGACUUCAGUAGAGACUUCUUUGAGGGAUGCAGGGCUAUAUUGUUGGAUAGAGAUCGAAACCCAAAGUGGAUGCCUCCAAGGUUGGAAGAGGUGCACGACGAGGUGGUCGAAAAAUAUUUUUCCAAAGUCGAUGAUCCAGAGUGGGAAGAUUUGGACCUACCUCCUAGACGUUCCCAUGGAAGGAGGCUUGUUCCCAAGCUUUGACUGAAUGAAGCCUCUGGUGAAAAACUGAAGCCUUUGUUGGUGCUUCUUAAUAACAAACAGAUCGUCCCCAAUUUGAGGGAUAUGUGGAGACAAGCGAUGAAGUUUAUAAUAAAGCUGAAACAUAUAAUACUAUAGGUUAACAAUUUUAUUAGUAGCAAUUUAGAGAAGUCCAUCUCAUAGUCUCAUGCGAUGCUUAUAUUGGUAUCGCUAUUGUGCUUUUUCAAGGUGUGAAGGUACGCUUCAAGCCAAAGCCCAACUGCAUAACGGCGGCCCAUAUGAUACCGGUAUCAGGCUAUCCUAUUAGGCUUUGAAGCUAUCUUCUGCUUGUAGAUUCUAGGUAAUCUUUUAUAUAUAUUGUAUAAAAGAAAUUCAUAAGUUUGCACUGUGUUGUUUUUUAAGUAAGGCCUCGAAAAGGUAGAUCCCUAAUAUCGAGUGUGUCUUGUAAUGCA